AUGAGUGGACUGGGGGUACUCACGACACCGUCACCCGCGCUCAUCAUCGUCCUCAACAUCGCCCAACACUCCUUUGACCUUUGGGCAUCCCUCGACAAGCUGGCCGUACGCGGUAUCCGUUCCUUUGACGACAAGCACGUCCAGGUCAUCCAGUUCUACUCGCCCCUCACGGUCAUUGUUGGCCACAAUGGUAGCGGCAAGACUACAAUCAUCGAGUGCUUGAAGUAUGCCACCACGGGCGACUUGCCACCGAACACCAGGGGUGGUGCUUUUGUGCAUGACCCCAAGAUUGCCAACGAAAAGGAAGUCAAGGCCCAGGUCCGUCUUCGCUUCUGGAAUGUCAACCGCCAAAGGAUGACUGCGACUCGCAAUCUUCAAGUGUCGGUAUCCAAGAAGAAGGGCGGUCCCCUGUCCAUGAAGACCCUCGAGGGUAUUUUGGCCAAGUCUGACGAGGCCGACGGCAAGCGCAACACCAUCUCCACCAAGUGCGCCGAGAUGGACGAGGAGGUCCCUCUACUUCUCGGCGUUUCCAAGUCCAUCCUUGAGAACGUCAUCUUUUGUCACCAGGAGGAAUCCAACUGGCCCUUUUCUGAACCUGGAACAUUGAAGAAGAAGUUUGACGACAUCUUCGAAGCUACCAAGUAUACCAAGGCGCUCGACAACAUCAAGGUCCUUCGCAAGGAGCGUGCCGCCGAGCUCAAGGUCGACGAUGAGCGUCUCAAGUUCUACAAGCAAGACAAGGAGAAGGCUGAGCGCAUGCGCAAGGACUUGGAUGAAAUGAUCAGGAAGGAAGAGUCGAAACAAACUGAGAUGGAAGAGCUCAAGGCCCAGUUUGAGCGCCUCCAAGAGCAGAACCAAGAGACUGCCAACCAGGCCCAUGGCUUCACCGCCAUCUUCGAGCGCGUUGAGACCCUCAAGAGCCAGAUGGAGAUGUUCGAGAAGAACCGCAAGAGGAUGUUGGAGAAUCUUACGGAACUGGACGAGCCGACCGACGAGCUCAACAACAUGUACAGUAACUUUGACAGCCACCUCAAGACGAUUCAGGACAAGCGCGACCAACAGGACCGGUAUCGCAAGAAGGAGGACGAGGCGAUUGACGACCUGCACCGCCGUGAACGCAACCUUGUUAGCACGCAGGGUGGCCUGCAAAGCAACCGCCGGGCGUACGAACAGAACAUCGGCAAACGCGAAGCUGCCGUGCGGGAGUAUUCCAGGACACACAAUAUUCCUGGCUACGACUACAGCCCACUGGAAGAGAACCAGAUCAACGACUUUAUGGAGAAGCUCCAGGACCUCGUUCGCACGGCCACCACGGACCUGCGUCGCAUCAAAACCGAGGGAGCCAGGAAGAAGAAUGAGCUCCAAACGGAGCUCGACCGCCUCGCCUCUUUCAGGACCGAAGCUAUCGCCAACAAGCAGACCAAAUCUGCCCAGAUCAGCCAGCUUAGCGCACAGAUCCGCCAACUUGAGACCAAGUUUGAUUCGGUCAGUUCUGUCGAUGCCGAUAUCAGCGUGCUUGAAAACGACAUUGCCGUCUCCGAGGGCCGUCGGGAGCGUAUCGACGAGGAAAUCCAACAGGCUCGCUAUGACGACCAGAUUCGCGAGCACAACCUCACCAUUCGUCAAAAGGAUGCCGACAGGGAGAAGGUCAAUUCUGAACUGUCGCUGCUUAACCGCCAGGCCGACUCGCGCGCCCAGCUCUCCAUCAAGCGCUCUGAGCUCGACUCCAAGACGGCUCAGAUGAAUGCUUCAGUGCAGAGUCACGCCAGUCGCUUCAAGGACCUUGUUGGUUCGGAAAUCAACACCGAGACAAUGGAACAGACUGUCACCACAGCUGUUGGCCGCAAGGAACGCGAGCUUCAGGAUGCCGAGUCGGCUGCCUCGGCCAGCAACCACACCCUUUCUCAGCUCCAGACAUCGGUUAACAUUGCCAAACAAAACCUCAGGUCCAAGACCGAAGAGCUGGCUCGCCUCCAGCGUCAAAUUGCCGAUGCCCUUGAGAUUACCGACAAGCCCACUGUCGACGAGGGCAUGGACGAAUGCCUUUCCGAAAUCAAGAUCCGCACCGACGAGAUGAACAACAAGGAGAGCAUGCUCCAAUUCUACCGCAAGAUCCAGGAAGUUGGCCAGUCCAAGAAGAAGUGUGUUGGCUGUGACCGUGCCAUCCAUGCCAACGAGAAGAGCGCCUUUGACGUCUACAUCAGCACCCGCAUUGAGCGCUGCUCUGCUGGUAAUGAUGAGGAGCUGAAGGGCGAGCUCGAACAGUGGGAGCAAGCCCUUGAGGACCUUCGUCGCGCUCAGCCCGCCGUCGAGACUGUUCAAAAGUACAAGGAAACUGAGAUCCCUUCGCUCGAGAAGGACAUUGCUCGCGACUCCGCCAAGCUGGAACAGGUGCAGACCGAGGUGGAGAACUCGCGCCAGGCUGUUCAAACUGCCAAACUUGCCGCUCGCGACCUGCAGACUCUGAAGAGCGCGGCUCUCAUUGUUAGCCGCACCGUCAACGAGAUCAAGGACCUCAAGAUCGACAUUCAGCGUCUCGAGCGUGAUCUCAAGUCUUCUGGCUCUCUCAAGACUGUUGAGGAAGUGCAACGUGAAGCCGACGGUAUCUCCACCGAGAUCAAGAACCUCCAGCGCGAGCUCCGCGAAAUCUCGUCUGAGAAGGACCUCAAGACCCAGACGCUCAACACCUUGACCAACGACAUUAGCCGCAAGACUGUGCGCCUCGGGGAGCUCCGCAGUGUCCAGGAGCGCCGUCGCAUGGAGGAAGCUGCUCUCAAGGAAAAGCAGGAGCAGCUUACCGUCAUGCAGGGCGAGCUGAGGGAGUUGGAAGCCAAGGCGAAUAGCGUGAACGCUCCCUGGAACGAGCAAAAGGACGCCAUGGAGCGCUACGACGCCGACUUGGACGUCAGCAUCAACGAUGCGGACAUUCAAGUCACCACGUACCAGAAGAGCGUUGGUGAGGUUGACGGAUGGCACCGUCAGUGCACUCAGUACGUGACUGAGGGCAAUGACCGCAAGAUGCGUGAGAACGAAGCCCACUUGGAGGAUGUGCGCCGUGAAAUGGCUGCCACCAAGGAGGGCCGUGCCGUGAUUGAGGGCAAGAUCAAGUCUCUCGAAAAGGAUAUUGCGAGCGCCAACAACACCCGUUCCAACAUCAAGCUCAACCUCGACUAUCGGACGGAAGGAAGUGCUAUCGACGAGGUCAAGGCCAAGUUGGCCAACAUUGAUGUUAACGCUGCUGCUGCCAACCGCCGUGAUUUCAACACAAGGUACAAGGCGGGUAUGGAGAGGGAGAACGAAACCCGUAACCGGUGGCAGCUGGCCAGCGGUGUUCUCCUCCAGAUGACCGAGAACCGGAAGAAGCUCCAGGGCACCUUGAACACCGAGUACAAGACGAUCGACAAGGAGUACCGUGACCAGCUCGUCAAGACAAGGAUGAGCAAAGUGGCCAACGCAGACCUGGAGAAGUACGGCAAGGCCCUUGACAACGCCAUUCUCAAGUACCACUCUAUCAAAAUGGACGAGAUUAACAACACCAUUGGCCACCUUUGGAACAAGACGUAUCAGGGAACUGACAUUGACAACAUUCGCAUUGUGUCUGCCCACGACGAGCAGAGCACGGCGGCGCGCAAAUCGUACAACUACCGCGUCGUCAUGGUCAAGAACGAUGUCGAGCUCGACAUGCGUGGCCGUUGUUCGGCCGGCCAAAAGGUGCUCGCGUCGAUUAUCAUUCGUCUUGGCCUCGCCGAGAGCUUUGGUCAAGGCUGUGGUGUUCUGGCCCUCGACGAGCCCACCACCAACCUCGACCAGGAGAACAUCAAUGCCCUCGCCGAGUCGCUUGCUGAGAUCAUUCGCGAGCGCCGUCGCCAGACCAACUUCCAGCUCAUUGUCAUCACCCACGACGAGGGCUUCCUCCAGCGUCUCGCCGCCCACGACGUCCUGCAAUACUACUGGCGCGUCUCACGUGAUGCCUCCCAGAAGAGCACAGUUGGUCGCGAGCGCGUCGGCGUUUAA